GCUCCAGGUCUUCCUCGCGGUCCCAUCCCCAGCUCGCGGCUGCCACCGUUACGUGCGCCGCUCCAAGGCCACCUACCAGGCCUCGCUCGUCCUCAACGAUAAUCAGCCGGCUCUGUGCCUCGAUCGAGGAUUCAUCUGUUUGUCGCUUGCAAUUGAUGUUUUUUCCCUGAAGUGCGCAGCCAAUUUGCGCGGGUACGGCUCCCUGGCCGCGUCUCUCAACGGUGGCUUCCUCACCACUGCGGGCCCCGAGUUUUAAGGGGCGGAGUUGGCUGCGACGCCUGCUUCCAGUCUUCCUCUUCCACACCAGCACACACUUCAGGACCUGCCGGAUCCGCAUCUCGCUGCUACAAAUCCACUGAUCCAGGCCGGCCGCCGCUGCCCCGAGCUCGAGCUGAGGGUAGUCUCCUUACCAGUGCUCCUCCAUUCUUCUCUUCCUUGUGGAAGCAAUGGGCGGUGGGUUAGCAUCAUUUUGGGAACAAUGGAACAUCCAGAUUCUGGUGAUCUUGAGCUUCGCCCUGCAAGUCAUCCUACUCUCCUGUGCAGGGAUCCGGCGCCGUCGUGAAGGGUCAGCUCUGUUGAAAAUCCUCCUCUGGGUGGCAUACCAGAUGGCUGACUACACCGCGAUCUACGCCCUGGGCCACAUGUCCAUCAGCAUGAGCAGAUCAGAGCACCACCAGAUGGUGCCAUUCUGGGCUCCCUUCCUCCUGCUUCACCUUGGUGGGCCGGACACCAUCACUGCCUACGCCUUCCAGGACAACCAGCUCUGGCUGCGCCACCUGCUCACCCUCGCGGCACAGGUGCUCGGCGCCGCCUAUGUCAUGUACCUGUUCGUCACAGCCGGCAGGAACCCAGCUGGGACGCUGGUCGCUGCCGCUGCAUUGAUGUUCGUCGCUGGCUGCCUUAAGUACGGCGAGAGGACUUGGGCGCUCAAGUGUGGCGACAUGGACAGCAUUGCAAGCUCUGUCGACGACGGCAAGUCGUUGGCCGCCCGUGGCCCUGCCCCUUACCAUGGGAGGGAGGGAGAGGAGAGGCUGGACUCGGAGGAGGUCCUGUUGGGAGCCCAUUACAUGAUCAAUGUCUGCAAGGGCGUCCUGGCUACUGAUUGGGCGCUGAUGGACAUGCCGCAAUACGAAACCAUGCGGCAAGGCAUCCAGCUGAACGGCGGCAAGUAUCUAUUCGAGCUGGCCGCAAUGGAGCUCUCCCUCCUGUACGACAUACUGUACACCAAGGCUGCAGUGAUCCACACCUGGUACGGCUUCUGCAUCAGGAUCGUCUCGCCGCUCUCCACGGUCGCGGCGUUUGUCCUGUUUCACCUCAGCAGCAGCAAGAACGCCUACGGCAGAGCUGAUGUCGCCGUCACCUACGUCCUGCUGGCCGGAGCCAUGGGAUUGGAGCUCGCUUCAUCGCUCGGGGCGGCAUUGUCGUCCUGGGCGUGCGCUUACUACCAUGCCCGGGGAUGGCAGCGGCUCUGCGGUGUGGUGAUGCGCCUCCGCCGGAUUCUCAAGGAUGGAGCAAGGAGGAGUGGUUGCCUGGACUCGCUUGGGCAGUACAACAUGCUGGACAUUUGCACCGACGCCGACAAAAAAGACGACCUGAGAGGCAAGGUCGCCAAGAUGAUCGGACUUGGGAACCAGUGGCAGAAGCUGCACUACUCGAGCACCGUCCCCGUCUCCGACAGCAUGAAAGCCCUGGUGCUGGGAGAGAUCAGGAAGAGGAAUGUUCGUGACCUGAGGAACUCACGGGGCAAGUGGAUCCUCGAGGAAAAAGGGAUGUACAAUGAUCUCAAGCGGAUCGCAGAUGACACCGAGCUGGACCGUAGCAUCAUCGUGUGGCACCUCGCCACCGAUCUAUUUCUUUCCGUGUGCCCCGACUCCGACGAGGAGGCCCGGGACAACAUCAGGGUGCUCUCCAACCACAUGAUGUUCCUCAUGGUGGUGCAUCCCUACCUGCUGCCCGUAGUCGUUCGCAAUGACCGGUACAAGCAGAACUUGAAGUAUUUUGAAUCGUUGUGGUGGGUUACAUGGAACACCAAAAAGGAAGACACCAAGAACAUGUCUAGAUCGGAAAUCGUGAAGAAGAUAGCUGAGUUUCAACUUCCGGCUCAUUCGUGGCACAAGUAUAUUUCUGGCAGCGGUGAGGAAUCUUCUUACGACCGCCAUGGCAGGGCGGUCUAUAUCGAGGCAUGCUGGCUUGCCGGGAUGCUGCUCGGCAACAGGUGGCGUUUGACUUUCGCUGACAUGCUGGAGGUUAUCGCCGGCGUGUGGGUGGAGAUGAUGUGCUAUGCCAUCCACUACUGCGGCGAGGAGUCGCACGCCAAGAAGCUCAGCACCGGAGCAGAGUUCAUCAGUGUCGUCUGGCUUGUCAUAGAGCAUGCUAUACUGAACGACGUCAAGGCACCAUCUGCUGAGCGCUUGACAGGGGGUUUAGAUCCUUUCAAGUCUGAGCGCAAGCGGAAGCGUCCUGCCACUGACCCAGGGGCGACGCUAUAUCCAUCGUUGUGGGUCGACCGAAGAGGUAUUAACGGUGUACCACCCGGUGUUGACCCUGCGUGCAGCAUCUUUUUUUGACGUCAAAGCACACCAAACACCGAGCACAUCAUGUGCAGAAAGACGUCACCGACAAAACCAAAAUUGUGGUUUGUUUGUUUCCUAUCCGGAUUACUAGCUUCCUCCGGAUUUAAAUUAUUGUUGUCGUCAGACAACAAAUCUUUAGUCAUUUUUAGUUUAACUAUGCUGUUGGAACAACAAUAAUUCAAAACCGGAGGGAGUAUAUAAUUUAAAAUUACUGGUGUUAGAUUAUAGACC